AUGGCUACUCUGGCAGGCCUUUGUUUGGUAGUACUUAUUGGUCCAUACCUUACGGUCCUACCGUCCGAAUCUACCCCAGACCUCAAAGAUGAAAGAGGAAAAGCCUCUGUAAAUAACAAGGGUAUACUAGUUGAUGUGAUUCGACAGCCAGAAAAAGGAACCGAUAGAGGACUGGAGGCUUCAUACAUAAGAGGAAAACGUAAGUUCUGAACUGAAUGCAACCUCGCUAAAUUGCCUUAAAUAUCAUGGUCAGUAAUUAUUGCCUUAAAUAUCAUGGUCAGUAAUUAUUGCCUUAACUAUCAUCGUCAGUAAUUAUUGCCUUAAAUAUCAUGGUCAGUAAUUAUUGCCUUAAAUAUCAUGGUCAGUAAUUAUUGCCUUAAAUAUCAUGGUCAGUAAUUAUUGCCUUAAAUCAGAUCAUGGUCAGUAAUUAUUGCCUUAAAUAUCAUGGUCAGUAAUUAUUAGUGAGCUUACGCAACAGGACGGGAGCAGAAAUAAGACGUUGCGUUUGGGUUGGCAUACCUGUUGAUUGAGUUAUUUCGCAUUGGUAUGCGUGGUGAGGACGGGCGGGCGCACAGUCACUUGACUAAAAGUCACUACCAAACUUUCUCGGAUGCAUAGAUAACCAAAUUUUCUUACCCAUGGUGCUCUUCUGCAAGAGCUUCGCUACAAAAAUUCUUUGGGUUGAUCAAGAUCGGACGCAAUGUUCGUCAAGGGUACUUAGCGGGCAUAGUCGCUUUUGUGACGGUCUGUCUCAAAAACACAUUCACAUAUUGGGGCUACAUUUUACUUCAUAUAGUGUAAACUGCCACCCAAGCAGUCCAGGAAAAAAUGUUCCAACUUGGCGUUUGAAGGACUGAGGAUGAAUGUUAUGAAUUUACAUGAAGCUCAUAGAAAGAUCUUAAUAUUAUGAGUUGUUUUAUAGGAUCAAAGUCAUGGGGGUCUUGUAAACCAGUUUGUAGACGACGAUGCCUGCCUACAUGCAACCUGGUCUGCUGCAUAGCACCACCUUACGCAGUUCCAAGAAAGGUGGCGAAAAGGCUCGAGAAACAACCUCACACUGGAUAUGCAAGAAAAAAGAGCGCUAUCAAAAAACAUGCAAAGAAAAAGAAAACCGUAGCCAAGAAACUUACCAAGAAGAAAAAUAUAACAGCCAAGAACAAGAACAGAGGCGUGUGUAAAGUGAGUUGCCAAAAAGCCUGCCUGCCUUCCUGUGAGUUUAGAUGCUGUAUGACACCUAAAGAGAAACUGACGGAAAACUGA